GACACGAGACAAGGAGAACUUGGCGCUCAUCAUGACAGCCCUGACCGCCGCACUUUGGCUGCUGACCGUCGUCUGGGGACGUGCAGGGGCUUCCGAAGACGACAUCAUUAACGGCCGGGAAGCCAAAGGCCCGAGACCCUACAUGGCGUCCCUGCAGGUGAAUGACGCACACGUCUGUGGGGGCUUCCUCAUCAGGGAGGACUACGUGCUGACGGCGGCUCACUGCUACAAAGGAAGACCCCUCACUGUAGUGCUGGGCGCCCACAACAUAAGUCGCCCUGAAGCUUCUCAGCAGAAACUCCCAGUGAUAAAGUACAUCAAACAUGGCCUGAACUCUCUGGAUAUCUACGGCUUUGACAUCAUGCUGCUGAAACUUGAAAAGAAGGCCAUCCUGAAGGGAAAGGUAGGCCUGAUUCGGCUGCCCAAAACAGCAGAGGACAUCCCUGCCAACUCCAGGUGCUCCAUUGCCGGCUGGGGUAAGAGAAAGGCCGACGGUGAACGCUCAGACGUCCUACUGGAAAGCAGCACCACCACCAUGAGCAGGGCAGAGUGCAAGAAGGCCUGGGCGAGGUCUCUCACCAUUAACAAGAACAUGCUGUGUGCCAACAUCCAAGCAGACAGCAGUAUUUGUCAGGGGGACUCUGGAGGGCCCUUGGUGUGUAAUAAGGUUGCACAAGGCAUGGCCAUAUUUACUGAACCCGUCUGCGGAGGAGGAAAACUUCCUGACGUUUACCUCAACAUCCCCUCCUUCAUUCAGUGGAUACACAACAAAACAAACUCCGAGUAGACGUCGCUCUGCCGGCUGCCGCACUUUACGAAAUGCUUACUCUCUUUGAGGUGGUCUAGGGGGGACACUCUGUCUUGGCUAAGAGAUGACAGAUCUGAAGGCAAUGGUGGCCUAAGGGCUCUAAGGGUCCGCCUUGCACUUCCAGCACCUGCUAAAGGGGCUUUAACAGGUUUGGUGUACCUGUUCUGUUGUAGGCCUGAAGUCCCCAUUGUCCCAAAAAACUGAAUGACAUUUUUACUGUACAAGAACCUUAUGAAUAUCCACCGAAUUUUAGAUAUUAUUUGUUAACACAUAAGGACUUCUACAUUACUAGCAGACUUCAGGAAUAUUGGAUUGGACAAAAUCCACGUUCAUAUCUCCAUUCAGUUAUCUCGUAACACCUUGAAAAUCCUAAAUGUCAGCUGUUGCCAUCAGAGCUCCACACUGCUCAAUUCUGUUAUUUGUAAGGAUGCUGUUGCUGAAUUCUAAGCUACUAUUAAAAGGGCUUCUUCUUCUUUGUGCAAA